UGUGAUUGCCGUAAAGCGGCGUUGCCGCUGGUGUUGGCAGAGAAAACAAGAUUAUCUUCUUACCCAAAAAGAUGAAACCAACUGGGUUACUUUCAAAAGACAACCAAGUGAGCACCGCAGACUAAUGAGUAGGAUCAAUAAGAACGUGAUUUUGGCGCUUUUAACUUUGACAAGUUCUGCAUUUCUGCUGUUUCAGUUGUACUACUACAAGCACUAUUUAUCAGCAAAGAAUGGAGCUGGUUUAUCAAAAUCCAAAGGAAGCCGAAUUGGAUUUGAUGGCACACAGUGGCGCACAGUUAAAAAAUUUAUUAUGCUAACAUCCAGUCAAAAUGUACCUGUGUUCCUUAUUGAUCCUUUGAUUCUGGAAUUGAUUAAUAAAAACUUUGAACAAGCCAAGAAUGCUUCUCAUGGCUCCGCUUCAGAAUGCAAGUUUUUCUGUGUUCCAAGAGACUUUACUGCAUUUGCACUACAGUAUCACCUAUGGAAGAAUGAGGAAAGCUGGUUUCGGAUAGCUGAAAAUAUGGGAUUUCAGUGCCUAAAGAUCGAGAGCAAGGACCCCCGACUAGAUGGGAUAGACUCACUUUCUGGAACUGAAAUCCCCCUGCACUACAUCUGCACAUUGGCCAGUCAUGCUGUCCACUUGGUGGUCUUCCAUGAGAGGAGCGGCAACUACCUUUGGCAUGGCCAUCUACGGCUCAAAGGACACAUUGACAGGAAGUUUGUUCCUUUUCGAAAGUUACAGUUUGGUCGUUAUCCUGGAGCUUUUGACAGGCCAGAGUUACAACAAAUUACUAUUGAUGGAUUAGAAGUUCUCAUUCCAAAAGAUCCAAUGCACUUUCUAGAAGAAAUACCACACUCUAGAUUUAUUGAGUGUAGGUAUAAAGAAGCUCGAGCAUUCUUUCAGCAAUACCUUGAUGAUAACACUGUGGAAGCUAUGGCCUUUCGGAAGAGUGCAAAGGAAUUGUUGCAACUAGCAGCCAAAACAUUAAAGAAAUUGGGAGUACGGUUCUGGCUGAGCAGUGGAACUUGUCUAGGAUGGUAUCGGCAGUGUGGCAUUAUUCCUUAUAGUAAAGAUGUUGACCUAGGAAUUUUUAUACAAGAUUACAAACCUGAUAUUAUUUCAGCAUUUCAAGAUGCAGGACUCCCACUCAAACACAAAUUUGGGAAGGUAGAAGACAGCUUGGAACUAUCUUUCCAAGGAAAAGAUGAUGUAAAACUUGACAUUUUUUUCUUCUAUGAAGAGACUGACCAUAUGUGGAAUGGAGGCACUCAGGCCAAAACAGGAAAAAAAUUUAAAUACCUGUUUCCCAAGUUUACACUGUGCUGGACCGAGUUUGUAGACAUGAAGAUUCGGGUGCCCUGUGAAACCAUCGAGUACAUCGAAGCCAACUAUGGUAAGACCUGGAAGGUUCCUGUGAGGACAUGGGACUGGAAGCGCUCUCCCCACAAUGUGCAGCCCAAUGGAGUCUGGCCCGUUUCUGAGUGGGAUGAGGUUAUCCAGUUGUACUGACACAGUAGGUUGAAAUGGUAGAAUUCCCCUCCUGCACAAAAGGGAGAUGACUGUUUAAAAAGAUAUGUGUCUAUUUGUCAAACAUAAGUAGGAGCCAUAAAAAAUGACAAGUUUGAAGAUACAGAGAGAGUCCUAACUCCUGAGCCAACUGAUUUAAUUCUCUCAUUUUACAUUUAUUAAAGAGUCUCCAUGUACCAGGUACAAUGCUAGGUUACAGUGGAGAAGCAGAGAUGAGUGAGACAGAUGCCUGCCUCUUUUCCCCCUACCUUUGGUAAGCACCCCAAUUUUCCUUUGAGGGAAACACCCUCACCCUUUGAAGAGCUUAUAUAGAGUAUGAUAUGUUCUGUAAGUGCUUUCAAAAUGUUAAAUAAUUAACAUUUUGGAAGAUGGGCUUACCAGGUGCAGCUAAGGAAGGAUAUACUAGUAAAAAAGAAUAACUCAUGUAAGCUUGUAUGUUAGGGCUACUUUUAAGGUGUGGAGGCUGAGUUAAUAUUCAAGUGAUCAGACUUUAGGUGACAUGAAGAAAAGAUGCUAGCAGAUUCCUGUUACAAGCAACCUGAUGUGGAACUGAUUUAGAGCACAGGGCAUUAUAUAAGAGAAUGACAGCUUAUUUCUAGUCUUGUCAAAGAUACAUAAAUUUCCAUACACCUUCUACUUUCAUAUUUGAAGUGAAAAGAAAGCUUAUGCUUGUGUGAUGCUUAAAUUUCCAGCCAUUGUGAGAAUAUUUUCACUGACCUGAUAAUACUUGUUUGACAAAUCAUUCAAGUGAGACCAUGCUACCAGACAUGAUAUUGAAAGGGUGGUGAUUUCAUAAAACAUAUUUUCCUUAUUUCAUUCUCAAUCAAUAGGUAAAAUAUGAGCAAUUCAUGGUCAUUUAAUAUUUUCUGAAUUUAUAAUCCUUGUACUCCAAUUUUAAUGUUAACCCUAAAAUAUUAAUUUUCAGGUAACCUUUAUAGAUUACCAGUAAACUUGUCCCCAAAUGACAGGCCAUUGUAAUCAGCUUUCUUUUUGCUAGAAAAUCAGCCCAUGGAAAUCAUACCCAAAUUCUAAAUAGUUGAACCUAAUUUUUUUCUUUUUUUUUUUUUUGCGGUACGCGGGCCUCUCACUGUUGUGGCCUCUCCCGUUGCGGAGCACAGGCUCCGGAUGCGUAGGCUCAGUGGCCAUGGCUCACGGGCCCAGCCGCUCCACGGCAUGUGGGAUCUUCCCGGACUGGGGCACGAACCCGUGUCCCCUGCAUCGGCAGGCGGACUCUCAACCACUGUGCCACCAGGGAAGCCCGAACCUAAUGUUUUUUUUAUGGUUGAAAAAAUGUAACAGGUAAUAAUAGUGUUCCCGGGCAAAAUCCACCCUGUUUAUUGAGGACCAUUUGCUCGUACUUAGCGUCUAAAAGUGCAUACACUACACAUUUCUGCCCAUUUCAAAUUGGGACUCCCACUGUUUGCCACAGGGUGUCUUACCCACCCCCUGUUUAGGUUAUUUCUUUUUAUCUGUCCCUGCAGUCCAAGGUCUUGAAGCAUUCAAAUAUCUAAGAUACCUUGGCCGCAUGGACAGAGGUUCCAUAUACGUCCCUCUAUAGACCACUGGCUGCUAGAAUACCUUUUUUGACUGCCUUCUGGUUUCACAGAGUUCAGAUCUUGGGUCCUACCCUAACUUGGGAGAAUGAAAACCCUUCCCCAAACUCUGAAAGCCAGGCUCACUCUGUUACAGAUUCAGCUCCACUUCAUCCUAUACUUCUUAACUGUUGCACUCUGCUGAGUGUCCAGAGACCUUGGAUCUACCAUCAACACCUUAUCAGAUCACUUUUCUUUCCUCACCUGAGUAUUCCAAUAAUAAUUCUCCUAAUCUGUCCACUUCCAGGUUCAGUUUGCCUGGCUUACCAGGAGAAAACCUCAUAUUAACUUGUUUAGCACCCAUGGAUGUCCCAAGAGAGGUCCUGAGAGUCAAGAUUGACAACCUCUCACUUGACAAUCAGGUGACCACUCAGUCCUUCUCUAAGCAGGGAGCACUUGUCCUUCUCUCCUCUGCUGCAGCUGCUGACAUCUGGAUCCUGGAAUAAAAUCUCAGUUCUCCAAAUUGAGCAUCCCUGAGAAGCUGGGCAGUGGGGCAAACCCUGAAAUAUGACACUAGAUGGCAGAAUGUGUGCCACCAUUCCCCCCAAACAAGUUAACACUCAAGUGAAAAUCAUCUUGCUCUUGAGUCUUAAGAGCCAGAGGGGCCCUCACUGCAACACUCAUUCUAACCCUUUUAUUGUAUAGCUAAAUAAAUAAGCACAGAAAGGAGUGAUUUGAGCAAGAGAGAGUUGAGGCUCUAAGGGUGCCAUGACUCCCAGCACAUGCCUGUUUCAUUGAUCACAGCACAACAUCUUUAGCCCUGCUUGACAUGCUUGACAGAGAAGCUUUCAGGAUGUUUUUGCCAUCACCCACUUAAUAUCUUUCUGUUCAAAUUUAGAGUCUGAGGUGACAAAGGAAGAGUGUUUUGUCCAAAAUGCUUACACUGUCUCCAUACCUUUAUCUAAAACAUGCCUUAUCUCCAAAAGGUGAUAUAGUUCAUAUUUGGAGGCAUCAGCCUUUGGUCAUUAUAUUUUUAAUAUCCAGGAGUACUUGAUUCCCUUAGGCUCAAGAUGUGUCCCAUUUCUGCUUACCUCUCUACUUCCCCAGGAAACCAUUAGCACCAAUCUACUAAGUGCCCAUUUCUGAAGAUUCCCUCCUCUUUCUCUUUACUGAUACUCUCUUAUGGAGGAUCCAAGAAAUUGAGAAUAGAUUAUGCUCAUUUCUCUGUUUUUUUUUUUUUUUUUUGUGACCCUAAGCCAUUGUUUCUAGCCUUACAGGCUACAAAGCUUCAAAUGGCACAUAGGACAGCAAGGUGUUACACAGGAAAGCAGGGGUAGAUUGGGGACCAGAGCUGCAUCUGGGAAACACACUUGGAAUGAAUUCCCACACUCCAAUAAAUCCUCACCCAAUGUCACAAGCCUAAGGCUGCAAAUGUUUCUAAGUCUCCCCCUAGUUUCACCUUCUGAAAAAUGAACAGUUCCCUCAUUCUUAGUAUUAUAAAUCCCCAGGGGAAACUUCCCCUCAAAACACGGUCAGAGAAAGUGCCACAUUCCCACCUUCUAAAACAUUGCCAUCAUUUGCAAUAACUUUAAAGCAUGGGAAAAACUCUAGUUCUUGACCAUUCAAAAGGAUUUCUCUGAAGAAAUGCCCCAGCAGCUACUUCUCUUUCCUCCUCCUCUUCUUCUGUCACUAAGACCCGGGCUAAGUCACCUCUAACAUUUCACUUAGGGAAAGUGCCAUGUUAGCAUAAAAGGGCACAAAGUUUUGAAUUAGGCCUGAGUUUGAAUCCCAGCUUCAUUGUGUGGGAUUUAUGGUGGGGACCUCUUAGCCUCAAUUUCCACAUGAGUGAAUUGGCAAAAUGAAGAAUACUUCUAAGGGGGUUUAGUUAGGAUUAAAUGAAAUAUAAAGUGCUUAGUAUCAGGCCUAGAAUUAGGUAAUACUCAAGAAAUGUUCCAUUUCUUGUUUCCAAAUCCUUUUUCUAAUUAUUCUUCAAAUGGGAUUAAAGAAACUGUGGUAGGACAGAAACCUUACUCAGAAGGUUGCAUGACUGAAUUUGCUUAGGGAAAAAAAAUCAUUUCAUUAUAACAAGGCAUUAAAGGACAAAUUGUAUGUUUGAUGAAUUCAGAGACAUGACCAAGUUGCCUCCUUCUCUAAAUAGAACAUAUAUUUUCAUUUUAUUGGUGAAGCUGUUGUCCUCUAGGGUCUCCUUUUGCUAUCCCCAUAUGCUACCUAGUUCCCGGCUCCCAAGCAGGUCACUCUCCGUACCUCCCUAGAUUUGGUGCCUGGUCUGCCCUGGACUUCUGUUUCAGUAUUCUAGCCUUUCAUGGAGAUGAACCCUCACCUUCUUGUUAGUAAAUCUCUGCCAACCAAAAUCAGAUAUAAGCCAUGAUUUGGAGAGGGAAAGCAUUUGCAAUACUUAGUUUCACUUAAUUAUCUGUGCUGAUGAAUGCUUAUGUCAGUAUUAAUAAAGGGGAAUUGAAAAUACUCUUUUCUACCUUCUUCCCCCAAAUUUGUGUUUCUAUCUCAACUAGGCAAGAAUCAACAGGGUAUGUGAUACUAUUUUAAGCUGCUCCACAUCAGACUGAAAUCCUAAUUAUAGUUUAUAAGUCAAACAGACCAAUUCAAUAGUGAGGCUUUUUGUACGGUACCUGUGCUAAAGUAGACAAGUAUACAUUUUCUAUGAGAAAUCUGUUUCUAUAUUCUCAGAACUUAUAUCUUAGAAUGCCUUCCUUGCCAUCCUCCAACCCAACCAAUGCAGAGAUUAUGUCGGAACCCAUGAGCCACCCAAGCUGCUGUGUUCUUAUGCACAGCUCUCACAGUGGGGUUGAAAGGCAGUAUGAGGAGAAUUAUAAGUGCUGUAUUUUGUUCUAUAAAACAAUAAACUACUGUCUCAUGUACCAUUAAGAAAAUUACAAGAGUAUGCAGACUUAUGAUGACUCAUUCAGAGCAUGGGGAAUAGUUCAUGUGUUUGUUAAAUGAAAAUCAUAUGUAGCUAUUUAUGUAUCCCACAUCAUAACCAGAAAAACGUGUUUGUGAAUUUUCUAAACAAAGUGAUAUUUUAAACAUGAGUAAAUUUCAGUGUAUGCUUAGCAGUUUACUAUUUGACUUUAUCUUCAGGUACAGAUAGUUUGUGGUACUACUGAAAAUGCCUUUAAUAUUAUUAUUUUGAUCAGAAUUUG